UCAUCUAGCUUUUCUUUUUGUUUGACAAAAAAAAAAAAUUCUGCCUUUUCAUUUUGUAUUUUCACCUUCAUCAUCCUCAUCACCUUCACCAAAAUCCUAAUCACUCCAUUUGUUUUUCGUCUCUCGGGAAGAAACAACAAAAAAAGCUUCCCAGAAAUCUAAGGAGAAUCCAAUCAAAACUUUAUCAGAGAAGCGAGUGGAGUAGGAGCUGGGUAAAUUAUGGAAGAAGCACAAGUGAUCUCCGAAACCCCGGUGAAGGUUGCCGAGACUGCAAAUGCUGAAGCGAUCAAGGUAUCGAAUGGGAAAUUGCUGCCGGUAGAAAAAGAAGGAAAGAAAGAAGAGGAGGAAGCAACAUUUGAUGGAGAGUUCAUAAAAGUUGAGAGAGAAUCGGUAGAUGUGAAGGAUGGUUCUCAUGCUGCUGAAACAGCAUUGGCGGGGGACGACAAGGUAUCUGUUAUCGAGAGAAGCUCGAGCAAUUUGAGCAGAGAAUUGCUAGAAGGGCGGGAGAAGGUCAGUGACCUUGAGGUUGAAAUCGAAAGGUUGGCUGGUGCGUUGAAGCAUUCGGAAUCAGAGAGUUCUGAGCUGAAGCAUGAGGUCUUGCUUAUGAAGGAGAAGCUGGGAGAAAGUGGAAAGAAGUAUGAAGAGCUUGAACUCAGUCAUAAGAAAUUGCAAGAGCAAAUCACCGAAGCCGAGGAGAAAUACAGUUCGCAGCUCAAUGUUUUGCAAGAGGCAUUGCAAGCUCAAGAAGAAAAGCACAAGGAUCUGAUCGCGGUGAAGGAAUUGUUUGACGGUCUCAACCUUGAGCUUGAAAGCUCGAGAAAGAGGAUGCAGGACUUGGAGAAAGAGUUGCAGAGUUCUGCCUGCGAGGUGCAAAAAUUUGAGGAGUUGCACAAGCAAAGUGGUUCACAUGCCGAAACUGAGACAAAGAGGGCCUUGGAGUUCGAGAAACUGCUCAAAGCAACAAGGUUGAGUGCGAAGGAGAUGGAAGAUCAGAUGGGUUCCAUACAAGGAGAGCUCAAGGGCCUGUAUGAAAAGAUUGCCGAAGAUGAAAAAGUCAAAGAAGCACUCAGUUCUACCGCUGCCGAGCUUUCUGCUGUCCAAGAAGAGCUGGCUCUAUCAAAGUCUCAAGGCGCAGACCUGGAGGAGAAACUCUCGGCUAAGGAUGCUCUGAUAAAUGAACUGACUGAGGAAUUGAGCCUGAAAAAGGCCUCGGAAUCUCAAGUGAAGGAAGAUAUUUCCGCUCUUGAAAAUCUGUUUGCAUCAACUAAAGAAGAUCUUCAAGCAAAGGUUUCUGAAUUGGAAGAAAUGAAGUUGAAGCUACAGGGGGAAUUGAGCGCCAAGGAAUUAGUUGAAGCUGCACGAAAAACUCAUGAAGAACAGUCCGUAGCUACACAGGAGAAUUUGGCAAUAGUAACCAAAGAAAAAGAAGCUCUGGAAGCAGCUGUGGCAGAUCUCACCGGUAAUGUGCAGCUGAUGAAGGAGCUGUGCAGUGAUCUCGAGGAAAAAUUGAAGCUUUCAGAAGAGAAUUUUCAUCAAAAAGAUGCUCUUUUGUCUCAAUCUUUGUCGAACAAUGCUGAGCUUGAACAGAAGUUGAAGUCACUGGAUGAGCUCCAUAAUGAAUCAGGAGCUGCUUUUGCAACUGCUACUGAAAAGAAUCUUGAACUUGAAGCAAUUAUUCAAGCUUCAAAUGCAGCAGCGGAGGAGGCCAAAUCGCAACUGAGAGAGCUCGAGCAACAGGUAAGUGCGGUAGAGCUGAACCGAGGAAUUGCUGAGAGUGGUCUGGAAGAACUCUCUCAAAAAUUAUCUGCACUCAAUACUGCAUUGAGCGAGGUCGAGGAAGAAAAGAAACAGCUGACUGGUCAGGUGCAAGAAUACCAAGAGAAGAUAGGCCAGCUGGAAUCUGCAUUAAACCAGUCAACUUUGCAAUAUUCAGAUCUUCAGGAGGAACUGAAGACUGCCUCCGAGAAAUGUGCCGAACAUGAGGGCCGGGCCACUGAACACCAUCAGCGAAGCCUUGAACUUGAAGAUUUGGUCCAAAUUUCUCAUACCAAAGUGGAGGAUACUGGUAAAAAGGUGAGUGAGCUGGAGUUGAUGCUUGAAACAGAGAAGUCCAGAAUUCAAGAACUCGAGGAACAAAUAACUGGUUUGGAAAAGAAAUGUCAGGAGGCAGAAGCAGAUUCUGGGAAUUACUCUAACAAGGUAUCUGAACUUGCUUCUGAACUCGAGGCAUUCCAAGCGAGAACAUCUAGCCUUGAAGUUGACCUGGAAGCGGCCAAUGAAAAGGGAAGGGAGUUGUUUGAAGCCUUGAAUGUUGCCACAGAAGAGAAGAAAAGGUUGGAGGAUGCAUCGAGUAGUUUUACUGAGAAGUUUUCCGAAUCAGAAAAAUUGGUGGAGGUCUUAAGAGAAGAAUUGAAGAUGACUCAAGAGAAAUUGGAAAGCAUUGAAAAUGAUCUGAAUACUGCUGGAAUCAGAGAAGGCGAGGUCAUACAGAAACUCAAAUGUGCGGAGGAGCAACUGGAGCAACAAGGCAAAGUAAUAGAGGAAACAAUGUCGAAGAAAUCAGAGCUUGAAGCGCUACAUGAAACCCUAGUGAGGGAUUCAGAGAUCAAACUUCAAGAAACAAUAGUGCGCUUCACUAACAGGGAUGCCGAGGCAAAUUCUCUGCUUGAGAAACUAAAGAUUCUUGACGAUCAGGUGAAGAUUUAUGACGAGCAUGUUGCUGAAGCUGCGGGGAAAUCUGCAUCGUUGAAAGAAGAGCUGGACAACAGCUUGGCUAAAUUGGCAUCUUCCGAAAGUACCAAUGAAGAACUCAGAAAACAGAUCUUGGAAGCAGAAAACAAAGCUUCUCAGCUUUUCUCAGAAAACGAAAUGCUAGUUGAGACGAAUGUUCAGCUGAAAUGCAAGAUUGAUGAAUUGCAGGAAUCGUUGAAUGCUGCUCUAUCUGAAACUGAAGCCACUACAAGAGAACUUGUUUUGCACAAGAGCAGUGUUGAAGAAUUAACAGAUAAGCACUCGAGAGCCUUAGACCUUCAUUCUGCUUCCGAAGCCCGCAUUGUGGAAGCAGAGACGAAGUUGCAAGAAGCCAUUGAAAGAUUGAGUCAGAGAGAUUUGGAAGCUAACGACUUGCAGGAGAAGCUAAAUGCCCUAGAAGGCCAAAUAAAAUUGUAUGAAGAGCAUGUUGAGGAGCUGCAAACCAAGUCAGCUAGAACAUCUGCGGUUUCUGAAACCAGAAAUGCAGAGCUAGAAGAAAGUCUAUCAAAGCUGAAGAAUCUGGAGAGUUUUGUUGAGGAGCUGCAAACCAAGUCAGCUCACUUUGAAGAAGAGAGCAAGAAACUAGCUGAGGCAAAUAUAAAGCUUACAGAGGAUGUGUCUACAUACGACUCCAAACUAAGUGACCUUGAAGCAAAAUGCUCCACUGCCAUUGUUGAGAAGGACGAAACAGUUGAACAACUUCAGGCUGCAAAAAGGACUGUUGAAGAUUUAACGCAGCAGCAUUCUUCUGAAGGGCAGAAACUACAAUCUCAGAUAUCUUCGGUUAUGGAUGAAAACAGCCUGCUUAAUGAAGUGCAUCAAAAUACUAAGAAGGAACUCCAGCAAUUGAUAUCCAACCUUGAAGAACAACUCAAGGAACAAAAAGCAGGAGAAGCUGCUUUAAAAUCUGAGGUUGAAAAUCUCAAGGCUGAGGUUGCUGAGAAACCUUCGUUGCAGAAUUCUCUCAAGGAACUUGAAGAGAAAUUGUUGAAAACUGAAGCUCAACUGCAAAAAGAGGUUGAAAGCAUUAAGGCGGCUGCAGCGGAAAGAGAGGCAGAGUUGACUUCAAAAUUGGACGAUCAUGCGCACAAGGUCCAUGACAGAGAUUUAUUAAAUGAACAAGUCACAAAACUCCGAAGCGAGUUACAACUUGCUCAUGCCACUGUUUCCAAAAAGAAGGAAGCAGAUUCUCAAAAGGACCUGGAACGAGAAGCAUCGUUGAAGCAUUCUCUUGAAGAACUUGAAGCUAAGAAUAAAGAAAUCGCUCUUCUAGAUAAGCAAGUCAAAGAGCUCGAGCAGAAAGUGCAGCUGGCAGAUACCAAAGUAACAGAAAGGGGUGAUGGAGGCAGUGUAGCCGGACUGGAAGUGAAAUCCAGGGACAUUGGAUCAACCAUUUCAACUCCAUCGAAAAGGAAGAGCAAGAAGAAGUCAGAAGCAACACCUGCUCAAACCUCAUCAUCUGCAGAUAUCCAUACACAGACAGCUGAGGCUUCCCCAAUGACAAGCGCUAAGUUCAUCGUGGGAGUGGCUGUGGUGUCUGCGAUCAUCGGCCUCAUUCUUGGAAAACGAUACUAGAUCAAGUUUUUGUGUUUUCGGGUUUGUCCGUCAGGUUUUGGUUGAUUACUUCGUUAAUUGUUCGCUUUGUGGACAUUAUCCACAGAAAGAUUGAAGGCUUUGUUUUUGUGCUUUCAAGCUUGGUUUUUGAGAGGUUGUUGGUCAAGAUAUUUAUUGUUUGCAAAGCAAAACACCGAUGAUUAUGUGUUAUUGGAGGUUGUAUUUAGUUUGUGUAUUGGGUUGCAGAUGCUUUCAAAAAUAUAAGAAUUUAUGCGUUUGUUGAUAUGAAA